ACACGCCGUACCACCUCUGCCCGCUUCCGCCAGCCAACACCGGAACUCUCUUCUUCUCCAUCCUCCUUGUGAACCUGCAGAUGGCGGCAAACGGUGUGGGUGAGAAACGGAGUGCGGAGGAGGAUGUGUGCGGGGAGGACGCGGUGCUGUCCCUGCAGGAGGUGCUGGAGGAAGACGAGGCGCUGCAGGACGAGGCCUGUGCGGUGCUGGCAGGCAGCGACCAUGAGAAAUGCUCCUACCCACAGGGCUAUGUGAAGCGACAGGCCUUGUAUGCUUGUAAUACUUGCACUCCUGAUAAAGAAGAACCAGCAGGAAUCUGCCUGGCAUGCACAUACAAGUGUCACGAAGGGCAUGACUUGUUUGAACUGUAUACCAAAAGGAAUUUUCGCUGUGACUGCGGGAAUAGGAAAUUUAAACAGCUCGAGUGCAAGUUUUUUCCUGAAAAGGAGACAUCUAACAUUUUAAAUACGUAUAAUGCAAACUUUUUUGGCCUGUACUGCAUAUGCAAAAGACCCUAUCCUGACCCAGAAGACGAGGUUCCAGAUGAGAUGAUACAGUGUAUCGUCUGUGAAGAUUGGUAUCAUGGAAGGCACCUUGGGACACAACCACCAGAACACGUUGAGUUUCAAGAGAUGGUAUGCCAAGCAUGCAUGGAUCGCUGCUCGUUUCUCUGGGCCUAUACAUCGUACUUAGCUGUACCUGGUGUUACAAAGAUCACCCCUGCUGAGGCUGAUGCUGAGGAUAUUGAGGUGGAUGAUGAACCAGGAGAGGACAAACUCCAGAAUGGUGUUGAUAUCAAAACUGAAAAAGAAAAAAUGGAAAUCCCUAAACACCCAAAUAUCAAGGAGGAAAAAAAUGAGCCAAGUAGCCCUUCCACCAGCACAACUUCUGAGCAGAAAAAUGUAAAAAAGGAGAAUUCUUCCCCAGUGAAAACCGAAACUAAACCUGGAGUCAAGUGCAAACUCCAAGAGUACAAAACACAUCUGGGAGCUGUGACCAAGACUGCCACCUACUGGCCGAACAACUGGCGCAGCAAGCUCUGUACUUGCAAAGACUGUAUGAAAAUGUAUGCUGAGCUUGAAGUGCUGUUUUUGGUGGAUGAAUAUGACACAGUACAAUCUUAUGAAAACAAAGGAAAAACCGCAGAGGCACAAGAGAGACGAGACCCCUUAAUGACUGCCCUCAGCAGCAUGAACAGAGUGCAGCAAGUGGAGUUAAUCUGUGAGUACAAUGACAUGAAGUCAGAGCUGACGGACUAUCUGAAGAAAUUUGCAGAGGAGGGGAAGGUUGUCAAAGCGGAAGAUAUCCAGCAGUUCUUUGACGAUCUGCGCUCACGGAAGAGAAGGCGUGUGGAUGGCAUGCAGUAUUACUGUAGCUAGAUAAUGCUUAAGAUUGCAUUUGGUUCACAAUUAUGAAGCUCCCAUGACAUCUGUAACUCCCUGUCUGUCUUUGUGCUUUCUUUUUUGUGCUUCAUAUGAAACGUUUUGUUAAGUAGAAUAAUGCUUACUAAAACCGAAUGGGCUUUAUCCUGCCCAAAUCAUUUAGUUAGUAAAAUUAAUCACGUCGAACUCUGAUUGCCAAGGGGCAAGCAGAGUCUGUUUUGAUGCAAGGUUCCCCCCCCUUUGUUUUGUCAUGGUUUCCACAAUGUAUUUAUUUUAUUUUUGUCCACUAGUCCUGAAAAUAAGACCUGGUGUUGAUAAGUAACCAUAAAAUAUAAUCUAUACACUGUGCUAACCAAAAUGCUGCAAAAUGUAUGAGUAGUAGGAGUUUGAAGCAUACCUAUACUAUGAUAACAAUACAGUGAGCGUGAGCCUACGUUGUAAACACACAGCUCAAGAUGAGCUCUAGGCAUUGCGGGAUUGCACCCACCAAGUGGUAGAGAAGUUUGCUUCCAGUUUUCCAUGCUUAAUUAUUAUACACAAUUGCUAUUGGUGUUAACUAGUACAAGGUAUAAGUGUACUUUUACUGCUUAAAGGAACAUAUGUCAGGAAACAAACAUGUAUUUUUUGGCAUUAACUUAUCUAUUUAGGUCUCCAGCCCCCCUUAGAUCCAUGGGUAAGGUGAGUUUACUUGCCUUCUCUCCCGUGCCGGCCUUGCCUUCCCAUAAGAAAUCAUUGGGAUACUAUUACGCAUGCACGGCAAGACCCUAUGCUGCGCCGUUCAGCGUCUCCAUGCAGAACGUGAAGACACUGAAUGUAGGUGCUGCAGACUGUGCAUCACUGAGAUAAGCAGCACCUCUAGUGGCCGUCUGAGUGACUGCACCUAGAGAGAUGUUCCUAUGCAGCAAUGUAAACACUAGCUUUUCUUUGAAAAGGCAUUGUUUACAGUGCUCAACCUGCAGGGACAUGCUAUAGAUACCAGAACCACUCCAUUAAGUUGUAGUGGUUCUGAUAACUAUAGUGUCCCUUUUUAAUGCAACAAAACUUUGUUCUGUAUGUUUUAGGGCAAGUCCACUUUAAACCAAUCUGUACUUUGUCAUUUAAUUCAUUGUUUUUAUAUUUUCCCAGCAUCCUUUCUGUUCUCUCUUGUAGAGAUAGGGCUCACAUUCUGCUUGUGAAUUUUCUGUAUAGGAAAGUGUUUGCAGCUUUUUAUUGGCCUGGCUGUAUCAGCUUGGCCAUUGCUGUAUAAGCAUUUUUAAAUAGACCAGAGCUAUUCUGAUGAUGUUUUGCCCACAAAGUUUGUUAAUUCCCAAACACUGCCUCCCCCACCCUGUUUAUCUGUUAGAUUUCAAUUUCUCUUUAUAGCUUUGAAUAUCAUUACAAUAAAAAAUAUUAAAA